ACCAUGUGAUAUUUUUCUUUUUGUGUCAAGGCGCAGUCACCUGACUACCAGAGUCUCUGUAAUCAUUCACCAGAUGUCACUGAGUGAGUGACCCAUUCCACUGUGUCUGCCACAUGAGGACUGAGAAGCAGCCAGGGAGGCGUGACACGCAAGAUACAACUACCCCCCAUUUGAAGAAGACAGACCAGACUAAAUCACCUCUAAAAGGACAUAAUCCCAUGCAAGGCACUUCUUAACAAUCAAGAAAAUAUAUCAAACGGCUGCUCUCACCAUCCGCAGUACACAAAGACAUUGACGGCAGUGAGGAUUCAGGGCUUUACAUAAAUGGCUGACAAGCAAAUCAGUUUGCCUGCCAAAUUGAUCAAUGGGGGGAUCGCCGGCCUAAUCGGAGUCACUUGUGUGUUUCCUAUCGACCUGGCCAAGACUCGCCUGCAAAACCAGCAAAAUGGAUCCCGCCUUUACACUAGCAUGUCAGACUGCCUUAUUAAGACCAUCCGGUCAGAGGGGUAUUUUGGGAUGUACAGAGGAGCGGCGGUUAACCUCACACUCGUGACGCCAGAGAAAGCCAUCAAAUUGGCAGCCAAUGACUUCUUCAGGCAUCACCUCUCCAAGGAUGGAAAGCUCACUUUGUUGAAAGAGAUGCUGGCUGGGUGCGGUGCGGGUACAUGCCAGGUUAUUGUCACCACGCCUAUGGAGAUGUUGAAAAUUCAGCUCCAAGACGCUGGACGUAUUGCGGCUCAGAGGAAGCUGAUGCCAGAGACGGUGGCAGCAGGCACAGUGGACGCCAAGUCGCCAACAGCCAUACAGCUCACCAGACAAUUACUGAGUGAAAAGGGAAUCGCUGGAUUAUAUAAGGGCCUUGGUGCCACAUUGCUCAGGGAUGUUCCAUUCUCCAUCAUCUACUUCCCCCUUUUUGCUAACCUGAAUAACCUGGGGAAGCGAGGCGCAGAAGGACCCGCUCCUUUCUACGUGUCCUUCCUUUCAGGCUGCUUAGCGGGCAGCACGGCAGCAGUCGCAGUCAAUCCAGUUGACGUGAUAAAGACAAGACUUCAGUCUCUGACCCGGGGUAGCACCGAGGACACGUACAGUGGCGUGGCGGACUGUAUCAGGAAAAUCAUGCGUAACGAGGGUCCAGCCGCUUUCCUGAAGGGGGCAUACUGUCGAGCGUUGGUCAUUGCACCUCUCUUUGGCAUCGCCCAGGUGGUCUACUUCCUCGGCGUGGGCGAGUUUCUCCUCAGCUUCUUGCCUAAAAAAGACAACUAAGGAAGCGCGUCCUCUCUAAAGCCUUUCCCGCCCAGACCGCAUCACACCCCCCCCCCACUUACGUGAGGAUUCAUCUCAUUCUUACAGAACUUUGCGUUGGUAUUUUUAAUGCUCACAUGCUACAUUUUGUUUCAAAUUUGUUGUCUUGAAUGUCCGAAUCAUGCAGGAGGGAGCCUUCGUUUCGCUGCCAAGCUGCCUGUGUCGGCGCAUGUCCAUCCGACAUGAAGCCGCAAAUGUCAGGUUAGGUUUUGAAGAAGUAUGGCUUUAUAAUUACAACAUAUGAUAUUUUAUAUAGCGAUUGUCAAAAUUUCAAGGUCGACGAAUGGCCCUUGGUUGCUGCAGUCUUACGUGCUCCAUUUUUAAACACACAUAGACUAGUGAUCCAUUCAAAAUAGAAUUAUGAAAAUAUCUAAAUUAAAAGCACACAUAACUUACUGAGAUAUUUGAUAGAUUUUUGCUAAAAAUUAUAUUUAGCUUAUUGCCCAAAUCUCACUGCUCCAAAAGUACAGGGAACACUUGCCAUAAAGUGGUAAAACUUGACAUUACAUUUCAUACUAGUGUGAACAAGGGGUGUCCCGAUCCGAUAUUGAUAUUAGAUAUCAUCCGAUAUCAGCAAAAAAAACCAACAAUUGUCUUAUUAUAUCAGUUUGCAUCUAAAAUAUGAGUAGCGUAUUUUUUGGAGUAUAAGUCACAC